UUAAUACCGCGUCUCUGCUCAAUGAGCGCCAGAGUGCCCAAUGCCCCUCCAUUGAUUUCCUUUUUUUCUCUGAAACGAAUGAGCCCCUCAUAUCGAAGUUGACCCUGUAAAUCACCAUAGAAGUAGACGCUGUGGGAUGUGAAUUAGUGCUUUUCAUAGUUAACCUCACCGCUAGUAUUUGACCCUCCAUAUAUAAAGAAAGACUGUAAAAUUGUAAACGGCAUGGAAAACAUGUUGCUGUGUUUCCAAGCUGAGAGUGCCACCUAUGUCAUGCAAUUGGCAGGGUAGGGAAUAACACCCUUCCAAAACUUUUUCGCUGACCCCCACAAGACUCAUCUCAAUCAAAUACCUUCCAAUUUCCACACGCGCCAGUUACCACCAUAUCCAGCGGAAAAACCUCUUCGAAUUCUCGGAAUCUCCUAUACUGCAUUAUCAUUACGUCCCAUAUCUAACUUCUAAGUAACAUGCCGGCCGAAACGAAGAAGAACUUGGAUGUCAAUCCCUUGCCUCGAGAAUGCGAAUGCGAACUUAAAUAUUUAAAACAACAUGCGGAUAAAGUCACUGAAUGGCGAGCGACAUCCGAUACUCCGAAGGAAAGCAUGGAGCCUCUGGACGCUUCGAAGAUUAAAACCAUACUACAUGCAGCUAAGGCAGAUCCCUCAAAAUCCAAAAUUUUGAGAAUAGGUGAUCACACUCGGUUUUGGGCUAAGGUCCCUAUGCGCCUCAUUCCUAUAUCAAAUGACCUCAUGAUAUCCGAUACUCCCGAUGAAAAGUCAAUAAUAACCGUUCCGGUUGGGAAAAUUGUAGAUGUCACGGAAAUUAUUUCCUAUAUACACACCAGUGUUGACUUACUCACCAUUAAAGAAAUGAUAGGGGAGGAUAACAACAAGGCAUAGGGAACGGGAUAAAUGGGAUAUGAUGGAUAUUCAUGGAAAUUUGCAUCAAAUGAUCUGGACUUAGAAUUCUGUUAUGUAUUACAAUGAUUGUGUUUGCCUCCUCUUCUGCUUAUCAUAUAUUUGUAUAUAUUUGGAAAUAACCUUAGUUCAUCUACUAAGUUCAACACGCGCCUCACUAAAAGCCUGCCUAGAACCCUGAUGGUUGUGCAUCCAGACUGCCACAAUAGGGGAAUUGUGGCAACAAACCCAUGCUAUCAUUUGAGCUUGUCUCUGAAACCAACACAUUCCGCCAUAGCCCGUUUGUUGGGUGCUGUGUGUCGGGGUCAAAAAACCCGUCUUGCCAAGGCCCAUUUGUCGAAUUAUGUGUGUCCAGGCCAUAAAACGCAUUUGUGUCUGGGUCAAAAAUCACAUUAUGCCAUGUUCGAAAGUCUGUGGUUGUUUCCCCGUUAUAAAAUAAAUUCGAAUCUAUGGCUGGAUGUGGAGGGCGGGAUUCAUUUGUGUUAAGAUUGGUAGGUUCGUUGGUCGAAGUGUGAUCUAAAGUAUAUUAGUGCUCAUUCUACCUUGAGAAAGAUCGGAUGAGUGAAUAGUACCAUCGUCCUCCCAUGCCACUAAAUCCUGUCUGGAUGUAUCGAUCGGGCGAGGGACAUGCGAUGGAACAUCACCCGAGCCACCAGGACCGCUGUAAUACGGCGAGUUGUCAGUGGAUUCAGAUAUUGAGCUCGAUGAGGAUGUGCUGCGUCUGCUUUCUUGAUUUGAGGUACCCGAGUGGUUAACGGACGUUUGAUGUGCAGGAUCGUUGGGAUCUAAAACAAAACAUGUUAGUGUCUGUAGAGAAGCGGAGAGACCAAUUAAGUCAGACCUUUAUUAGGGCGGAUAGUAUCAUCUUCCCAGCUAAGGUAAACUCUCAAU